AUGAUCAAAUACACCAAAUUCUCUCGCCACCACGCCAGUGCCUCAAAUCUACAGCUGGCCAAGGUCUGGUUGAACUUUGCCGUAGAUGCGCUCGUUUCAAAGGAAUGGACUGCUGUUCAACAAGCCCGACCUAGGAAGUCUAACUCGAGAGUCACCCAUGACCCUGGUGGCCCCGUUGGGUUUGUUGACUGUCUGUGCCCGGAGCCAGUCAAGCAAUCGGAGCGGGCCUGCCGCUCAUUUUCACAACAGGCCAAGUCAGAUCGAGGAGAAGGCGCUGCGGGCAGUUCUGGGCCCGCAGAGUUCGACUGGCCUCCCCUUUACACCAAACAACCUACAUACGUAUACUUGCUUCAACAAGACCCGGACGAAGAGCGUUACGAAAAAGCUCCGGUCAUAGCAAGCGAGAUUUACCCGGCGCAAUACCUUGCAUGGAACAAACCGGGUCCAACUGCACUUUCCCGCUCAUAUUUACCUUCAGUAAGAAAUUAA